AUGUCUCUGCUAUCGACAUUAGAGUACCUCGGGGCGGCCACAGCUCUUCUGCUCACCUAUAGAGCUAUCUCAUUCUGCAGCAUCUAUCUCAACCCCAGCACAAUACACCGCUACAACCCCUCCAAGAACUCCUGGGCUUUGGUCACCGGCAGCACAGCCGGCAUAGGCGAAGGAUUUGCCCACGCACUCUGCGCCAAAAACUUCAAUGUCCUUCUUCACGGCCGCAACCAGCAAAAACUCGACAAUUUGAAGUCGACACUGGAGAAGAAAUAUCCGGAUGUGCAGAUCAAAACCGUGAUCGCAGACGUAUUCGAUAUUGAGGUGGAUAUCUCUUCCAUCGUAAAGACUUGCGAGGCUCUACCAGGUCCUUUGACAUUGCUUAUCAACAAUGUCGGUGGUGCGCCGUUAAGCCCCUCCUAUGGUACUUUGGCAGAAGUAGAUGCGAGUUAUGUGGACCAGAUGAUAAACCUCAACUCCAGGUUUCCUACCCAAUUGACAAGGGCUCUGCUUCCUUUACUAUCUAGAAGCUCACCGUCGCUAAUUAUGAGCACGUGCUCUAUCACUGGGUUCCGCGGCUUGCCUUACCUAUCGGUCUACUCGGCUUCCAAAGCCUUCAAUUACGCUCUGAACCAAUCUCUCGUUUCCGAACUUGCUGCUGAGAGGUCUGACGUUGAGGCUUUGGCGAUAGUGAUCGCGAAUGUGGUCAGCGGGGGCAAUAAGACUACGGAAGGAGCGUUCACGUGUACAGGCCUACAAAUGGCGGAGUUCUCGCUAGACAGGGUUGGGUGCGGGCAGACAGCAGUGUUUGGAUGGUGGAGACAUGCUGUGCAAUGGUGGUGCAUGAGCUUGUUGCCUGAGUGGGUAACUGAGAAGGUGUUGAUUGGAGUCAUGAAGGAGAGGAGGAUGGAGGAGCAGAAGGGAGAAUAA